AGACGUGUGCAACGCUCCAGCGUAUAAAAAUGCGCAUGGAAAGAUUCAAGUACAAGUGCACCACCCAACGACGACGGCACACAACAGUUAAAAACGGAAAUACCAGUCGCCGGCGGAGAAACGUAACUUUUCCGGCAACGAGAUGGCGAGGUCCGGCGACGGUUACGGUGUCGGAGUGGACGAGUCGUAUAGCGCGCUGCCGUGGCUGUACCUGACGUUCUUGUCGAUCUGGCUCCUCUCUGCUUGCUCUUGGACUGUUUACACCUACAAAACGCACCAUUCUCAGUGGAAUAAUUUGCAGUGGACACUUGCUUCGGUUCCGUUGAUCAAAGCAUUGCAGCUCAUGCUGUCCUUUCUCUUCUGGUAUUCUUGCUUCAAUUUUCAGGCCUGCUCUUUGUGGAUGUCAUUUGGGGUGUAUGUAACAGGGGUGCUAUUUCAGACAGCUGCUUUUGUCUCCUUUUUGCUCAUUUCCCAUGGUUACUGUAUCAUGUGUGAGCGUCUUUCUUUAAAUGAACGCCGUUCAACUGCCGCACUUGCAUGUGUCUUUUACUUGACUCUAGUUGGUUACAAGGCUUGUGUGCCAUACUUCUCUGUUCUUCUGCUACUAAAUUAUUUUAUAUCAUUCUACAUAAUAUUCCACCAUAUAUCCCAAAACCUACUAGUGUUGCGAGAACAAUUGAGCAUUAUAGAACAUGAGGAUAUUCAAGCAAUGCAUGAUGCUGUGUAUAAGAAGUACACAAUGUUCAAGAAAUUUCAGGGUGCAAUGCAGAUAGUAGCUACCGCAGAAACUGUGAUAUACAUGAACAUCGAUGACUCUUCAGAGAAUUACUGGCUUCGUUUAUUGCUCAGGGAAUGGGCACAAUUCUGCAUCUUUGUGUACAUUGGAUGGAUUUUCAGGUCACGAGAUUUGGCACCAAACUUCUCUGUUAUGCCUACCACAAAGUGUAAAGGCGAGACUCUAGUGCCUCCCAUCUACAGUAUUGAAAUGGAUGCAGCAACAUUUAAAGAAUUUAGUAGCCAUGAAUGGCACAUUGGGGUGCCAACGUCUACUUCUUAUGAUGAAAGCUCCAGAGAUGAAGUUUUGGCAAUCAUUCAGCAUCCUCGAGCACAGAGGCUAAGAAAGCUCGAUGCUUUUUCGCACAGGGCAGACUGUUUUGUUGUGUCAGAUCUCAAUACAAAUUCAUCUCCAUGCCCAACAUAACGAACACUGCUACAUGAUCAAUUAUACCUGCUUAUGCCUUUUUCCUUGCAGUUGGCAUGGGCACGAUGAUUUAUAUCUUUAAUUAUUAUACCAUCCAUUUUUUUUAUCGACUUAGGAGUCAUGGGCUAAGGGUAAAACAAUGAGUUUUAGCUCGUUUACCCCAAGUUAGAGGUUAGAGACAGCUGCAAAUAUGUAAAAAUACAUUAUCAAAGUAGUUAUAAAUGUGUAUGUUCCUCUUGAUCCCAGUGUUGGUUACACUUACAUUCAUUUUCAAGAACAGUCGAGUCAAAGGGUUUUUUUAUUUUUAUCUGCUACCUGGAAUCUAGGACCCAUAAAGCUCUAUUGACAUGGAAAGUUGAUAAACUAAUCUGUCUACUUUUAUCAAGUUGGGGCAGGUCUUCGUGAAAAUCAACUUUGCCUUUUCUCUUCUGUAUUUAGUUACAUUCAAUGUGCCGACUGAGUUGGUAUUUCAAAACAA